AUGUCGGAUAAUUCUGUGAGUUCAUUUGUGACUCGUAACAAGACCGCCAUCUUGGCAACUGCUGCUGCCGGUGGUGCUGCUAUUGGUGCUUAUUAUUAUUAUAACCAAUUGCAGAGGGCAGAAUUGGGUUCUGGUUCCAGUGGUAGUAAGAAGACUUCCAAGAGUGAAAAGAAGAAGAGGGCCGGGAAGAAGAAGAAGGAUUCGUCUUCUUCAUCAAACGGUUCUGAUGUCGUUUAUCCAGUAGACGCUAACGGUCAACCAGAUUUGUCUAAGAAGGAUGAGUUUACUCCAGAACAAGUUGACAAAUAUGCUUUGGCGUUGAAGGACAAGGGUAAUGAAUUCUUUAAGGCCAAGGAUUUCGAAAAGGCUAUUGAAUAUUAUACCUUAGCUAUUUCAUUGAAAGAGGAUCCAGUGUUUUACUCCAACAGAUCUGCUGCAUACGUCUCAAUUAACAAUUUCGAAAAAGUUGUUGAAGAUACCACUGCCGCUUUGAAAUUGAAGCCUGAUUACUCCAAAUGUUGGUUGAGAAGAGCUAGUGCUUAUGAAAACUUGGGCCAAUUCUCCGAUGCUAUGUUUGACUUGUCGGCUGUCUCUUUGUUGGGUGAAUACAGCGGUCAAUCCGUGGAGCAACUGCUGGAAAGAAACAUGAACAAACAAGCCACAAAGGUCUUGGGUGAAAAAUUGAAGGAGAACCAGGGUAAAGAAUCUCCAUUACCAUCUAACACCUCUUUGGCAUCAUUCUUCGGUAUCUUCAACCCUGAAACUUCUUUCGAUGAUUACGAUGGCGAAAAUGAAGCAGAUGUUGAGUUGAAAAAAGGUUUGGAAAACUUGUACAAAUGUCAAACCGGAUGUUACGAAUUGGCUGAUGAAGAAUUCACCAAGGCUGCCGAGUUAUACAAGAAAGAAUUAGAAUCUUCUCCAGAUAAUGAAUCUUUGAAGAAGAAGGCUGCCAUCGCCUUCGAACAUGUGGGUAUUUUCAAGUUCUUCAAAAAUGAUCCAAUUACCGCGCAUAUUAACCUGGAAGAAUCGUUGUCUUUGAACCCAAGACCUUCUACUUACAUCUACAUGGCUUUGAUUAUGGCUGACAAGGGUGAAGCCAACCAAUACAAGGAAUACUUUGACAAAGCUUUAGAAUUAGAUCCAAACUGCUCUGCUGUUUACUAUCAUCGCGGUCAAAUGCAUUUUGUUGUUGAAAACUUCAAAGAAGCUGGUGCCGAUUUCGAUAAGGCUAAGGAAUUAAAUCCAGAAAACAUUUUUGCCUACAUCCAAUGUGCUUGCUUGGCUUUCCGUGACGAUAGAUUUGAUGAUUGUGAAACUUUGUUCAGCGAAGCCAGAAGAAAGUUCCCAACUGCUCCAGAAGUUCCAAACUUUUAUGCCGAAAUUUUGGCUGCUAAGAACUCUCUAGAUGCUGCCAUCAAGCAAUACGAUAUUGCCAUCAAGUUGGAAGAUGCUUUACCAGGUAUUCACGUCGGUAUUGCUCCAAUGAUUGGUAAGGCCACUGCUUUGAUUAGAAACCCAACCGUUGAAAACUUCGUUGAAGCUUCCGAAUUAUUUGAAGAAGCUUGUAAGAUCGAUCCAAGAUCCGAACAAGCCAAGAUCGGUCUUGCUCAACUAAAAUUGCAACAAGAAGAAAUUGAUGAUGCCAUUCAAUUGUUCGAAGAUGCUGCCGAUCUCUCAAGAUCUUUCGAUGAAAAACUACAAGCUACUACUUUCGCUGAGGCUACCAAGGUCCAGAAAAAGAUCAGAGCUGAUCCAUUCAUUAAGGGUAAGAUCGACGAAGCUAUUGCAGCCUACCGUGCUCAAGGUCUCGCGUAA